AUGGAGGAAGACGACAUAUCCCACCAUUAUAAUAACAGUCACCGCGCGUUCCUACAAGCGUUCAUGGCCCGCGGCACCAUGACCUUCACCCAAGCCCAGCCGAUCCUCGCCGCGAUAUUCACAGCCCACGACCAAGACGAAUACCAGAGCGGGAACAGAGAGGAGGAAGUCACGCGCGAGGACUUCGAGUCGUACGUCUCGGCCGCGUCGACGGCCAUCUCGCCUUUCGACAUGGAGAUCCGCCCCGCCACGCACCAGGUCACCAAGGAGCGCGUAUACUCGCUCAUCAACACGACGUCCGACGCCAUGACCCAGCUCGCGACCCUCCGCUCCCCCGAGGAGAUGGCCUUCGUCAGACGCGUCAUCGACGCCAUGUUCGACCGCUACAACUCCCCGCGCAUGGAGGUCAUGUGCCUCGACGGCAUGCAGGCGAAUAGACUACGAACGGCGCCUCGGAACGAGGACGCAGAAAACGCAAACAGAGAAGAGGAUGGGGAACCGCAGCAGACGCAGACGCAGACGCUAAAGGGCCUCAAGAGCAGCGAGGUGGAGCAAGUGCUGCGGGGCCUCGUGGACGAGGGCUGGUUCGAGCGCAGCCGAGCGGGGUUCUACUCGCUGUCGCCGCGGGCGCUGACGGAGCUGCGGCAGUGGCUGGUGGACGCGUAUAACGACCCGGAGGCGGGGGACAACGAGUGGCAGCGGAUCAAGUUCUGCGAGGCGUGCCGGGAGAUCGUGACGGUGGGGCAGCGGUGCGCGGAGCGCGACUGCUGCGCGCGGCUGCACGACAUCUGCGAGGACGCGUUCUGGCGCACGCGAAGGGAGCGCAAGUGCCCCCGGUGCCGCACCGCAUGGACGGGCAAGCACUACGUCGGCGAGCGCGCGGUCACGGAGACGGAGGCGUAUCAAAGGGGGAGGAGACGUAACAUCAACAUGCUCGAGUUCUUUUCGUAUAAGAAAGCGAAGAAACACCGGGAGGAUAAAGCUGACAAGGAGAAAGAGAACGAUAAGGGCAAGGGCAAGGGGAAAGAGGAAAAGCCAAAGAGUGAUGCUGCAAAGCUUAGCACCGAUGCUGCUCACUCCGAAUCCACAAGCUCCCCUGAGAUCACCUUGGAGCGAGUAGAGGGUAUGCCUAUCCUCGACCAAGAAGAUGAAAAGUUCCUCGAGCGCCUGACUUCCUCGUCAGAUAGAGGCGCCAGCAAUGGCAACGGCGAUGGCGACGAUGACGAAACACCACCGCCCUUGCCCCCGCGGGUCAAGACGCCUGUCAUCGAGAUAGAGGACAGCGACGCCUCGAGUCUCGCCGGUAAGGAGGAGGAGGAGAAUAAACAGGAAGUUUCUACGAAGGAUAGUGACGAGGGCAAAGGGAAAGAUAAGGAGAAGCACAAGGGCAAGGGCAAAGGCAAGGAUAAGGACAAGGAUAAGGACAAGGAUAAGGACAAGCACGACGCCGAUCACAAACCCAAGCGCUUCUCCUUCGUUACGAACCUCUCGCGCAACAUGUCCCUGAAGCGCAAGCCCACGCAACACCUCUCCGUAUCCGCAACCUCUUCCUCCCCCUCGGAGCAAGAAAUCCUCCAAGAAGAAGAAACCGACAUCGCGCGCGUGCUCUCGGACCUGAACCUCGCCGCCGCGGCCGCCGCGUCCACGGACGACAAGAGCAGCGGCGGCGGCAAGACAUCCUUUAGCCUGUCGCGCGAGUCGGCCGACACCCUGCGGCGGUUCACCCAAGUCCUCCGGGACCUGGUCAACGGCGUGCCGACGGCGUACGGCGACCUGGUGCGGCUGAUCGAGGACCGCGACGGCGCGCUCGCCCGCUCCUACGCCAAGCUGCCCUCCGGCCUUAAGAAGCUCGUCGCGCAGCUGCCCGAGAAGCUCACCUCGUCGCUGGCCCCGGAGCUGCUGGCCGCCGCCGCCGAGGCGCAGGGGAUGAAAGGGAUGAGCGUUGACGGGGGGGAGGGGAAAAAUGGUGCAGGAGGGCUGAGCAAAGGCGAGGCGGUCAAGAAGCUGCUCGGCGCGAACAAUCUCCUGGAAUUGGUGACGAAGCCGGGCGCCGUGGUCGGCCUGCUGAAGGGGAUCGUGAAUGCGUUGAAGGCGAGGUGGCCGGCGUUCGUGGGCACGAACGCCCUGUGGAGCGUCGCGGUGUUCUUGUUGUUGUCUGCGCUGUGGUAUUGCUACAAGCGCGGGAGGGAGGUUAGGUUGGAGAAGGAGGCGUCGGAUGCGGCAGCAGCAGCAGCGGAGGUAGAGAACGCGAAAGGGGGGGAAGGACUGGUGGAAGGGGUGGGAGAGGGAGGAGGAGAUGGGGGUGUGCUGCGUAUUGAAGGAGGAGGAUCUUCGGAUGGGCAACUACAGAAACAGCAGCCGGUUGUGUCUGUAUCCGCGCCGACAUCUUGA